CUGAAGCGAUGACACAAAGUUUGUUCAUAAUAUCUUGGAUUUCAGUAAUCCAAGUUAUGGGGUUUCGUGAAUAAAAAUUCAAGACCUGAAUCUGAAAGCUUUUCUUAUCUUUACUCAAUUAUUUCAUAAUUCAAGGCGACACGUCUGAUCUGCCGACUACACCACGCUCCAUAAGGAGUCCUUUGACGACUCAAUGAGCUAAGAUAACAACUCUUGUUUUCCGCAGCUCCUAUGUACUAUCUUGUUUCUUUCAUGCAAGAACUACUGCGAUUUCAAAUGUUUUCGAGUGUUCUCUUCAUCCUGCUAUUCUUCUCCAACUCUGAUCCUGGCAUUAAUAUUACAUUUGUGUCUGGCCAGUGUCUUCAAGGCCAGAAAGAAUUGCUGCUCGAGUUAAGGAGCAACCUCACAUAUGAUUCUUCAUUUUCAACGAAGCUGGUGCAGUGGAAUGAGUCUAUGGAUGACUGCUGUCGGUGGGCUGGGGUGAAAUGCGACACUAGGGGUCGUGUUUCCAGUCUUGAUCUCAGUGGCGAGUCAAUAUCCGACGGAAUUAAUGAUUCUGGAAGCAGUCUUUUCAGGCUUGAGUUUCUUGAGAACCUGAGUUUAGCUCAAAACAGCUUCGGUUCUGUUGAUUUGCCGUUGGGGUUUGGAAAGCUGAAAGAGUUGCGUCAUCUGAACCUGAGUAAUUCAGGGUUUUCUGGUCAGAUUCCAUUGGAGUUCUCAAAUUUAACGAAGUUAGUUGUUCUCGAUCUUACCAAUACAAUUUACUCAUCACUUAAGCUUGAGAACCCGAACCUUGAAAGAUUGAUUCACAACUUCACAAGGUUACGAGAACUUUAUCUUGAUGGGGUGAACAUUUCUGCAAAAGGGUCUCAAUGGUGCAAUGCUAUAUCAUCUUCUCUGCCGAAUCUAAGAGUUUUGAGCUUGUCCAAUGCUUAUCUUACAGGCCCUAUUGAUUCUUCGUUGGUAAAACUUCGAUCCCUCUCAGUUAUACGUCUUGAUGAAAACACUUUCUCUUCUCCCUUCCCGGUAUCCUUUGCGGAUUUUCCCAGUUUGAGGGUUUUAUCCAUAAGUUCCUGUAACUUAUUUGGUCUGGUUCCUGCAAAACUAUUCCAAGUCAAGAGUCUGGAGACGAUUGACCUAAGUGGAAACAGGGAUCUUCAGGGUUCUUUGCCUGAAUUUCCAUUGAAUGCUUCUCUUCAGAAUCUGUGGCUUAGUUACACAAAUUUCUCAGGCAACGUGUCUGAGUCUAUAGGGAGUCUUAGAAUGUUGUCAAAUCUUGAUCUUAGAGGUUGCAGGUUUUCAGGGCCGAUUCCGAGUUCAAUCAAGAACCUUACUCAGCUUGUCUAUUUGGACCUCUCUAUAAAUCAGUUUGCUGGUUCUGUUCCAUCAUUUGCUUUCUUGAAGAAUCUUUCAGUGAUAAACCUUCGCAGUAACCGCUUAACAGGUCACAUUCCUGACUCCCUCUGGGAAGGCCUUGAGAAACUAAGUUUUCUUGACUUGAGCGAGAAUUCAUUGAUAGGGGAGCUUCCAGCUUCUCUGUUUGCUCUGCCAUCCAUUAAUGUCUUGACUCUCAACAACAACAGCUUCUCCGGUGUAAUCAGAGACACAUUAAAUAGAUCCUCUUCCCUAGAAGUCCUUGAGUUGAACGACAACAAUUUAGAAGGUCCAAUACCUCGGUUUUUGUUUGAACUCCAAAAUCUUUCGAGUCUCUCUCUGUCUGCAAACAAUUUUAAUGGAUCCGUGCAGCUAACUGAUUUUCGAAAGCUGACAAAUCUUGUCAAUCUUGAUCUUUCCUACAACCACCUGUCUGUACAUGUAAGCGAAACAGCAUCCCUUUCUUCAUUGUUUCCCCGGCUAGGAACUCUAAUGUUGGCAUCUUGCAAGCUGCAGAAAUUCCCCAUUUUAAGGAAUCUGUCGUCAUUAAUGAUGCUAGAUCUUUCAGAUAAUCAAUUACAUGGUGAAAUUCCUAAUUGGACAUGGGAAGUUGGAGAUGGAGUUCUCCGUUUUCUCAAUCUUUCUCAUAAUCAAUUCAGUCAUCUUCAAGAACCUUAUGCUUUUCGCAACCAUCAUUACCUCGAUCUACAUUCCAACAUGCUUCGUGGGGAAAUCCCAGUUCCACCACGAACCGCUGUCUUUGUAGACAUGUCAAACAACAACUUUUCAUCUUUUCUCCCAGCCAACAUCGGUCUUUCUCUCACAUCUGCCCUUUUCUUCUCAUUAGCAAAUAAUAAAAUCGUUGGGACCAUCCCAACUUCAUUAUGCAACGCAACCCGCCUCCAAAUACUAGACCUUUCAAAUAACAGGUUGCAUGACAGAAUUCCCUCCUGUUUAUUUGAAAACACUCUUGGUGUGUUGAACUUAAGAAGAAACAAACUCAGUGGUGAUAUACCUGAUACAUUCCCGGUCGGCUGUGGUUUGGAGACUCUGGAUCUCAGUUGGAAUGUUUUACAAGGAGAAGUUCCUAAUUCAUUGGUAAGAUGCACAGAGAUGGAGGUCUUAAACCUCGGCAACAAUGACUUAAGCGGCAAUGUCCCCUGCUGGCUCAAGAACUUGACGAAACUCCACGUUCUUGUGUUAAGUAACAAUAAGUUUCAUGGAAAUAUUAGCUGUCUGGGGGACGGCAUUACCUGGCCGAACCUUCAAAUUUUCAACAUUGCUUCUAACGAGUUCAACAGUGUGUUGCCUGAGAAUCUGUUCAGAGACCUGAAAGCUUUGUCAGUUGAUCAAGAUGGGCUUGAUCACUUGAACUUUGUUUUCCUAGCAGUAAGCGAUAUUUACUAUCAGGAUUCGGUGACACUUACCCUCAAGGGACUGGAUGUUGAGCUGGAAAAAAUCCUAAACAUCUUUACCGCAGUCGACUUCUCCGACAACCAUUUCUCAAGCAUAAUUCCUGAAACAAUAGGAGAGCUGAAAUCCCUUUAUGUUCUCAACUUGUCACACAAUGCUCUCUCCGGUCACAUCCCGGGAUCCAUAGGCAAUCUGGAGGACCUCGAAUCAUUAGACCUCUCGUUCAACAAUCUGGGAGGCGAAAUUCCGCAGCAGCUAGCAAGCCUUACAUUCCUCUCAUUCUUGAACUUGUCAUACAACAACUUAGUUGGAAGGAUUCCACAAGGCAGUCAAAUUCAGACGUUUCCUGAUAGUUCGUUUCUUGGAAAUGAGGGGCUAUGUGGAUUUCCCUUAAACAAAACUUGCACUGACCAUUCUGGUUUGCCAGCAGAAGUUAGAUGAAGAAGAAGAGCAUGGGAUAUACGUAAGUGCUGCCAUAGGAUUUGUUGUGGGUGUUGGUGUCAUCUUUGGGCCACUAGUCUUGUCUAAGAGAUGGAGGAGGUGUUAUAACAAAAUUUGUCAAUGAAGUUGUGUUGUUGGUUUUGCGUCGGCACGACCAUCAACUGGAAAAUUAAAGUAUUUGUAUUAGCUGGACGUUGAUUGGUUGAAUGUUGCCUGUGCUGUUAAUCACUGGUGCAAACUUUAAAACUCAUGUAAUUAUGCUUUACAGUCUAAUCUAGUGCUUAAAGAAGAUUAAGAUGGGAUGAUCAGUUUACUGACAAUCAAU